CUGAUUAGAUGGAUCACUUUUCGAAUGGUUUUACAAGAUAUAAUAUAAGACCCCCAUCCUGAGAAAAGGUCAUCACUCCUUUACGGCUCAGUAAACYGCUUUAGCUAUAGGUAUCAUGGCAGAGCGGGUUCUGGUGGUGGGCAGUGGUGGACGGGAGCACACGUUGGCCUGGAAGUUGGCUCAGUCGCCACAGGUCCAACAAGUCCUGGUGGCUCCGGGUAACGCUGGCACGGCCGACUGCGGCAAGAUCAGAAACUCUGAGGUUUCUGUCAGUAACCACUCUAUCCUCGCUCAGUUCUGUAAGGACCACCAUGUGGGGCUGGUUGUUGUCGGACCUGAAGCUCCUCUGGCAGCAGGGAUCGUGGAYGACCUGACGGCUGCAGGUGUGUCGUGUUUCGGUCCCUCGGCCAAAGCAGCUAAGCUGGAGGCCAGUAAGAGUUUCUCCAAGGCCUUCAUGGAGCGUCACGGCAUCCCCACAGCUCGCUACGGCUCCUUCACAGAUCCCGAGGAGGCCUGCAGAUACAUCCGCAGAGCCGACUUUCCCGCUCUGGUAGUGAAGGCCAGUGGUUUGGCGGCGGGGAAGGGGGUCAUCGUGGCGAGGGAUCAGAACGAGGCCUGUCAGGCUGUGAUGGACAUCAUGAAGGACAAAGCUUUUGGAUCUGCAGGAGAGACUGUGGUGGUGGAGGAGCUUCUGGAGGGAGAGGAGGUGUCGUGUCUGUGUUUCACUGACGGCACCUCCGUGGCUCCGAUGCCUCCGGCUCAGGAUCACAAACGGCUCCAGGAUGGGGACCUAGGGCCAAACACUGGUGGUAUGGGAGCCUACUGCCCAACUCCUCAGGUGAGUCAGGAGCUGCUGCAACAGAUCAGAGAAACAGUUCUGCAGAAAACUGUGGACGGGAUGAAGGAAGAAGGAACUCCUUAUGUGGGUGUGCUGUAUGCAGGGUUGAUGCUGACAAAGCAGGGUCCAAAGGUUCUGGAGUUCAAUUGUCGAUUUGGAGAUCCAGAGUGUCAGGUGCUGCUGCCUCUGCUGCAGAGUGACCUGUAUGAGGUGAUUGUAAACACUAUGAAUGGAAAACUGUCCUCCAACCCCCCCRUGUGGCAGCAGGACAGCUCUGCAGUCACUGUGGUCAUGGCCAGCUCCGGCUACCCCGGCUCCUAUAAGAAAGGAGUGGAGAUCACAGGUCUGUCCCAGGUCCAGGACAUGGGCCUGCAGGUUUUCCACGCCGGCACCACCCUGAAGGAUGGAAGUGUGAUUUCCAGCGGCGGUCGCGUCCUGACGGUGACGGCAGUGAAGUCGUCUCUGGAGACCGCCCUGCUGGCAGCCAAUCAGGGAGCAGCAGCCGUCGGCUUCCYGGGUGCCGUGUACCGRCGGGAYAUCGGCCACAGGGCCAUCGCUCACMUGAACCAGAGCAGAUGUCUGACGUAUAAGGACAGUGGAGUGGACAUAGCUGCUGGUAACAAGCUGGUGGAGCUGAUCAAACCUCUGGCCAAGGCAACAUCCCGCCCCGGUUGUAGGUCAGAACUGGGAGGUUUUGCAGGACUGUUUGAUCUGAAGGCAGCAGGGUUUGUCGACCCAAUCCUGGUUUCUGGGACAGACGGCGUUGGGACCAAGCUCAAGAUUGCCCAGGCGUGCGGGCAGCACGGUGGUCUGGGUCAGGACCUGGUAGCCAUGUGUGUGAACGACGUGUUGGCUCAGGGMGCCGAGCCGCUCUUCUUCCUCGACUACUUCUCCUGCGGCCGCCUCGACGUGGACGUGGCUGCCUCCGUGGUCGGCGGCAUCGCUAAAGCCUGCAAGACGGCCGGCUGCGCUCUGCUGGGCGGKGAGACGGCAGAGAUGCCGGGCGUCUACGCUCCCGGAGAAUACGAUCUGGCCGGUUUCUGCGUCGGUGCAGUGGAGCGGGGGUCCCUUCUGCCCAGGAUGGAGGACAUCGCAGAGGGAGAUCUGCUGAUCGGGGUGGCCUCCUCUGGGCUUCACAGCAACGGGUUCAGUCUGGUCCGCAAAGUCCUGGAGAGGACCAACCUGAGCUACAGCUCCCCUGCUCCAUUUGGGAAGGCAGGACCAACUGUCGGGGAAGUUCUGCUGACUCCGACAAAGAUCUACAGUGGCCUGCUCCUGCCCAUCCUGCGCAGCGGCGCCAUCAAAGCCUACGCACACAUCACAGGAGGGGGGCUCCUGGAGAACAUCCCCCGGGUACUGCCCCAGGAGCUGGCUGUGGAUUUAGAUGCGUCCCAGUGGAGCAUCCCUCCAGUGUUUUCCUGGCUGUAUAAAGAAGGGGGUCUGAGUGAGGAGGAGAUGUGCCGCACCUUCAACUGCGGCCUCGGUGCGGUGCUGGUGGUGGCCCCYGUCGAUGCUCAGAGGGUCCUGCGUCAGCUUCAGGUCCACGAGGAGGCCUGGACCGUUGGAUCACUGGCUCACAAACAUCUUGGAGCAGCAUCCGUGGUGGUCCGUAACCUAAAACAAAGUCUGCUGAAUGUUGAAGCAGCUUCUAGUGAGGUGUCCAGAGCAGUCAGUGCUGGUUGCCACGAGGACAGCAUCACACCACGCAAGAGGACAAGAGUUGGAGUUCUCAUCUCUGGAACAGGCACCAACCUGCAGGCUCUGAUCGAGCAGGCCAAGCGCUCGUCCAGCUCAGCAGAGAUUGUGGUGGUCAUCUCCAACAGACCUGGGGUUCAGGGUCUGAAGAGGGCCUCGUUGGCUGGCAUCCAGACACGAGAGGAGGUGGAUGCAGGAGCCAUAAUUGUGCAAGAGGCUGUGCCUGUGUUGGCCCACGACUCAGAGGAGACUUUGUCUGAGAGAAUAAAGGAGGCAGAGCACAGAGCCUUCCCCGCAGCUCUGGAGCUGGUAGCUGGUGGUUCUGUGCAGCUGGACGAAGCUGGACACGUCAUGUGGAAGACGCAGAAAUGAUCAGCACGUUUUGUCAUCACCCUUCAUGGCAUGUUGUCACAGUGGGAGCAUCAGUCCCUGCAGUAUGAACAGUAAUUAGCACAGGUGUCAAAUCAUGGCAGUCAGUGGCUGCUGUCCUGUUCAAACACACCUGAUUCACUUGAACUGUCUGAAUUCAUUCAUGCAGCUCAGGUGUGUUGGAGCAGGAGAAACAAACCUGCUGCUCUGAAUUACCAGGAUUUGAUUCUUGUUUGUCAGGAUGAAAAUASGACUUAUUACACUUUAGAUCUGUAUGUUUUCAGUUUGAUCUCACUGCCUUAGUGCACACUGUUUACUUGAAGUGUAAUUACAUUCCAUUAGUCUGUUUAUUGAACAUGCAUGUUUCAUAGCAUUAAAGUCAUGUAGGUGGGAAAAAUUACAAA